AAAACUUUGGAGUAGUUCUACGCAUUUGGGCACCCAUCCCCGAAAUAAGAAAGUCCGUCAGUUGAUAUUUCAUUUGUUAUAUUCAGGCAAUCAUUGAUCUGUUUGCAUCGAUGGCGUCAAUGGAGACUAUCAGCGAUCAGAAUGUGAUGUCACGGGUGGCCAGUCUCCCCUUGGUGAGCUCCACGUACAGUAUCGUGUCCACCGUGUAUGGUGAGACCAAGGAGCAACAUCCCUACCUAAAGGCGGUGUGCGAAGCGGCGGAGGUUGGAGUGAAGACCGUCUCAAUCCUGGGCAUGACGUGCGCACAGCCCAUCAUCGGCAAACUAGAGCCGCAACUUAUGUUUGCCAAUGGCCUUGCCUGUAAGGGACUGGACCAGAUUGAGAGAAAGCUCCCUAUUCUGCAUCAGCCAUCAGAGAAGAUCAUGGCCUCAGCCAAGGACGCUGUCUCUGGCGCCAAGGAUACAGUUGCUAUGACUGUAUCCGGGGCCAAGGGUACAGUUGCUAUGACAGUCUACGGCGCCAAGGAUACGGUUGUCAUGACGGUCUUUGGUGCCAAGGAUACGGUUACCAUGACGGUCUCUGGUGCCAAGGACACAGUGAGCAGUGCGGUGAGCGGAGUGGUGGGCCGCACCUGUGGAGCGGUACAGGGGGGCGUGGCCUCGGUCAUCAGCACCUCAGAGAGUCUUAUCGAGCACUACCUGCCUCAAGCAAAGGGCUCGCAGCCCGCAGAGGGUUGUGAGGGUGACGGGGAGGGCAGCAGCUACUAUGUGCGUCUGGGCAGCCUCUCUGCCAAGCUGCGCCACCGCUCCUACGAGAGGGCGGUCACUAAGGUGCGUGACGCACGCCAACACACUCGGGACUCCAUUGUUCAGCUGCACCUCACCAUGGACGCGAUUGAGCAUGCCAAGAGGAACAUUGGCAGCGCCAACCAGAAAAUGCAGGAGAAACUACGCACUCUAGUGGACUGGAGGAGUACUACAGACACUGCAGACGCUGACGAGACCUCUGAUGCAGAGCAUAUAGAGUCUCGUACCCUGGCUUUGGCCCGUGGUCUGUCCCACCAGCUGCAGACGACCUGCUACAGCUUGGUCUGCAGUGCCCAGGGCCUACCGCAAAACAUCCAGGACCAGCUACUCACAGUCACACAGUCCGCAGUGCAGGUGUACCUUAACUUCAGCCAUGCCGUGUCCCUGGGCGACCUCUCUGACAGUGUGCUGACGACCAGCCGCAAUCAGCUGCACCGCGUGAAGGACACACUAGAGGGCGCCAUGGACUACCUGGUGAACAACACGCCACUCAACUGGCUAGUGGGGCCCUUCUACCCACACAUAGAGCCCGAGGCGCCCCCUGCAGGCUCCAGGAAGAAGUCUCUGAGCUUCAGCGACGGCGCCCUCCUGAUUGCCGAUGCCCGUCGCCGCAGCCGCACGAGCAGUGCCGGCCGCCUCAGCAUCUGCGUGGGCUCUCCUCAGUACCACAGCCACGCCGACGGCACCCGCUGCUGGGAGGAGUCGUGCCCGGACAAAGCGGCGGCCGUGAUGGCAUCGUACCCGGAGGCGCAGCCUGCCAGUGCCCCAGGUGACAGCGAGACUGAUGCCGACACAGUCGCAGAUUCUCUCCGGCCACGACGGUCUUCCUCCGUCUCCUCGCCGACAAGCGGCGGGAAGGCAAGGAAGUCUGUGGACUUCACCCUGUAAUUGUGCCAUGGCAAAAUGCAGUAACUUCCAAGGGCCACUUCAAAUUUUAUUAAGUCCUUUAAGGGCCGUACUAUGAACACAAACCAGGAUUUCCCCCUUUACUUUAGGCCAAUAUUGAAGGGGGGCACCUUAACAACAGACCCCACCUUCACUAGGUCCCUUGAUAAUUUAAUUGUAUAGCAAAAUGUAAUUUCUAACAUUUCUCUACAAAACACGUCAUAUUUCUUGUGAAACUGCACAACAUUAAAAUUAUGUUGGGCACUGGAUAAGACGGUCCCCACCCCUCUACUACCGCACGUAUGCUGACACUGAACCUGAGAAAAAGGUCUUCAAAGUAUUCAUACUAGGUUGGAUAUUGUAGUAAGUGCAAAUUUGACAUAGGAGUAUCUCUAAAACGGGACACAUUUGGACCAAACACAAUUAUGACAAAAUGUGUAGUUACUGCACUUUGUCUUUUUAGGGCAGUGCUGUGCUGCCGGGUUAACUUUAACCGCACUGUGCUGCUAUGCACUUUGUAUGGAUUAGAGUAGAGUAGAAUACAUUUAUUAUUUUGAAUUUGCGAAUUGGUAAAGCAUGAUUUUUGCUUUUUUUGGGAUUUUUUUCCCCCGAGAUGGGAGGGAGAGACAGGGAAGGACCGGGAAAUGACCUGGGCCGGGAAUGGAACCCAGGUCUGCCGCACAACAGUCCAGUGCCCAGCCGCUAGAGCCAGGGCUGGGCCAUGAUUUUCUCCUUUUGUGUGUUAAGUUAUGAAACCUCUGUCUUGUUACAUUGCUGAAUGUCAUUCUGCAUGGGAAGUGCUUCGCUUGAACGAGCUUACCGUAACCGCCACUUCAAUCGCUCACACACAGCCUCAUGUGAGGAGGCAUGUCGAAACCAUGUGAAGAGGCAUGUCUGAUGAAAGGAAUGCUGGCCGAAAUGUCACAUUAAAGAAGAGAAAUGGGAGCUUGGUGUUGCAGACUUUAUUUUUUUGCCUCUAUUUGACUUUGCUAGUCUAGCACCCAUUUUUGAGAUGGAUGUGUGUGUUUUUUCUUUGUUAAGCAUGUCAAAACCAACCAUUGCCAUCUGACACAGCCUUAUGUGAAGAAGCAUGUCAAAGCCAACUCAUUGCCAUCCUACACCAACCAGGUCUCUUCUGCAAGUCUUGUUUUGCUUUUGCCUGUAGUUCAUACUGAGGCUAUUGUACAACGUGUUAAUAAAUAUAUUACUAUCUGCUGGA